AUGUCGUGGAAAAGGAACUAUUUUGCGUCAGGCGGCGGAGCAGUAGGCGGGGUGCAGGGGCUGGUGACCCCGCGAACCAUGACCUCCAUCGCACCCAGCAAAGGCCUGAGCAACGAGCCGGGACAGAACAGCUGCUUCCUCAACAGUGCCCUGCAGGUCUUGUGGCAUCUCGACAUCUUCCGCAGAAGCUUUCGACAGCUGACCACACACAAGUGCAUGGAGGACUCGUGCAUCUUCUGUGCCCUGAAGAGUAUCUUCGCUCAGUUCCAGUUCAGCAGUGAGCGUGUGUUGCCAUCGGAUGCUUUACGGAGCGCUCUGGCCAAGACCUUCCAGGACGAACAACGCUUUCAGCUGGGCAUCAUGGACGACGCUGCCGAGUGCUUUGAGAAUCUGCUGAUGCGUAUCCAUUUCCACAUCAGUGCUGAGAGCCGAGAGGACAUCUGCACAGCCAAACAUUGUAUACCACACCAGAAGUUUGCCAUGACUCUAUUUGAACAGUGUGUGUGUAACAGCUGUGGAGCCACAUCGGACCCCCUGCCCUUCAUUCAGAUGGUUCAUUACAUCUCCACUACAUCCCUCUGUAACCAGGCAGUGAGGAUGCUGGAGUGCAGAGAGAAACCCACACCAGAUAUGUUUGGGGAACUGCUCCGCAAUGCCAGCAACAUGGGAGACCUGCGCAACUGCCCGAGUAACUGUGGCGAGGUGUUGCGUAUCCGCCGCGUGCUGAUGAACUCCCCAGAGAUCGUGAGCAUCGGCCUGGUCUGGGACUCAGACCACUCUGACCUGGCAGAGGACGUUAUCCACAGCCUGGGCACCUGUCUGCGUCUGGGAGAUUUGUUCUACCGCGUGACGGAGGAGAGGGCCCGCCAGGCGGAGCUCUACUUGGUGGGCAUGGUGUGCUACUACGGCAAGCACUACUCCACCUUCUUCUUCCAGACCAAGAUACGCAAAUGGAUGUACUUUGACGACGCGCACGUCAAAGAGAUUGGCCCUAAGUGGAAGGACGUGGUGUCUCGCUGCAUCAAGGGCCACUACCAGCCCCUGCUUCUGCUCUAUGCUGACCCCCGUGGGACACCAGUGGUAUCGCAAGACUGCCCCAACCCCUGCUCCAGCUCCAACCCCCAUCUCGAGCUCCAACACUGCAGCAAGGCCGGCUAUGACAGCGAGGACUCUGGCCGGGAGCCGUCCAUCUCCAGCGACACUCGUACAGACUCGUCAACAGACAGCUCCAGCCACCGCGCCUCCCGCAGUCGCCCCCUCCACCAGUCCACGGGCAGCCACCUCUCCAACGAGUCGCAGACCACGGUGGUCUGUAACCACGACAGCAGCGCCGCCUCGCACGGGCUCGACGCUGCGGAGUCAACAGUAGAGGGGACUCCCCGCCCUCCCUCUCCUCCUCUGCAGGAGUACAAGGAGACUGCUGUAUUCCUCCUCUCCUCCCGGCGGCCUCUCACCUCUUCCUCCUCCUCCUCACGACCCCUCUCCUCCUCCUCGUCCUCAGGGGUGGGCGGCUGUGAGGGAGGGACCGGGGGCCCCCACUGGGAGGAUGAAAGCACCAGCAGUGAGAGCAAGUCCAGUUCUUCUGGGGGCCGCUACAGACCGGCUUGGAGACCAAGGAGGGAGGCCCUGAAUAUUGACAGCAUCUUUACCCGCCAGAGGGGCUCUCCUCUCGGCUACAGCACCGUGCCUGGUCCCACUUUCCCUCUGGAGCCUCAGGACCUCGUGCCCUCAGCAGGGCCUGCUCCUGCCAUGCAACCAGGCUUUGCAGAGGUGUCAGGGCGAGAAAAGGGGGAGGGGGAGAUGGGGCCUGGGCUAGGUGGCUUGCCGGGAUCUCUGGGCGGUAGGGCGAUGGCCCCUCCUGGCCCCCCACCCCUUAGGGGGGUGGAGCAUCAGCCACGUCUAAUUCAGAGGAUGGAGAGCGGCUAUGAGAGCAGCGAGAGAAACAGCAGUAGUCCUGACAGGGAGGUGGGGCAGCCAAAGCGGGUGUUGAUGUCAGGGCCUUCAUGGCGCACAGUGCCCAAGUCAAAGAGCAGCGGUGCUAUUCUGCAGGAUCUGCCAUCAUCCAGCUGGAGUAGCGGCAUUAAUAUAGGCUCAGGGCGCAGUGAGCUGGAUGAGCUGCAGGAGGAGGUGACAAGGAGAGCUCGCCAGCAGGAGCAGCAGAGGCGGAGGGAGGCGGAGAGAGAGGCAGCCAUGGGCUUCAAUCCCAAACCCAGCAAAUUCAUGGACCUGGACCAGCUCCAGCACCAGGGUUGUAGCCCAUCGGAGAGGCUCAUAUCCAGGGUGGGAGGGCAGACACGCUCCCAGACCCCCAACGCAGACAUGGAGAGGAGUGUGUACGGGGCAGACUGUACCAGCACCCCCACCUACCUCAACAAGCCACUGGUGUUGCGGGAUCUACGCUUGGGGGUGGAGCCUGAUGAUGGAGAAAACCUGCGUCGCAUUGAGCGCAGCUUGAGUGGCACAGUGGUGACCUCGCGCCGCAGCCGCCUGACUGCAACGCGUAGCUUUGAGCUGUCCAGCGGUGCGGGGAGUUUCUGGCUGUGUCUGACGGGGGUCAAGCUGUCUUCUGACCAGAGCCCGGCUCUACUACACUGAUGUCUCCGCCGGCCCGCUCCAUCAGAAACACACACUGGCAUGUCACAGGCCAGCAACACAGAGGUCCUCCACAACCUCGCCUUGACACAUCUGGAACUGGCUCCGGAGGAUCACCAUUAACCCCCACCCCCACAUUCAACGUGCUCAAAACACACACACACACA